AUGACAUAUAAUCGCCGGUUCGAGGUUUACUGUGCUACUAGGGAAAUAUCAAUAAUGUACUUUGGACCGGAUGGCCGUCUCCUCCAUCUGAACCCCGGUGCAAUGAUCGAGCACGAUGCCCAUCUGAUUCCUCAGCUGAUGCAAGUGUCAAUAUACGAGGGUAUGCCCAAGAGCGUUGAGACUGAAGGCCAUGUGGAAACGGACCUGCGUUCUUUAGCCGCACCUAUGAAGCCCGCAAUAGUGAGGAAAUGGGGGCAGGAGACGGAAUCUCCAAGUGCUUUCCUAAAGUUUGGCUACCGAGGACACCUCUCGUGCCUUGUUAGACUCGGCCCUCUUGUCGGCAAUCUGUGUGAUACUUCUUUGCCUGGAGCAUCCAGACAGUCCCAAUCAUGGAGGUUCCCUCCUGCCACUUUUCCCGCAUCAUUUGACUUCAUUGAUGCUGAUAUCGUAACGAAACACGAGGGAUUAUGGCAACUUACCAAGAUAGACUCUAAAUAUGAAAGAAUCUAUGACUAUAAAAAAUUGAAGAUAGAAGAACACGUCGUCCACUUUGUCAUUCUCUUCGUCUUCUCUGACAACCCAGAGUUAAUUUGUGGCUGGAAUUGGCAUCAUGAAACGGCACUACACGAUAGUAAUCUUCGUCAUGCACCCAUAUAUAUUUGCUUCGUGGUAUCUCUGCUCGCUCAGUACGCCACAGCAGCUCUCAUUAUCACGCGUGCGAAACACCUCAAUGACUCACUCCAGAGACCUCCCAUCAGCCCUCGACUGACGGCUAGCCCCGAGCCUAGGUAG